AUGCAUCCUCCUACUGAGAACGGCCCGGACAGUCGCCUCGCGCAUCUGGGCCGGGCCCUUUGCGAGUGCGCGGCCGACGUAGAAGCCGGGUCCAUGGAGAAAGCAGCCCGCUGCCUCUUGCGGGCCACGGGCCUCGCCGCCUCCACGGGCGACGGCCCGCUGCCGCGCCUGGUCGUGCCCGUGGCCGACUGCCUGGCGCGUCGCCUGAUCCGCCCCAUGGUCCCGGGCGUCGCCGACGCGCUCAUCGACCCCUCCGAUCACCUCGACCGCCGCUGCGUGAGGGCCGCUCACCGCAGCUUCUUCGAGCUCAGCCCCUUCCCCAAGGCGGCCGUCGCCGUCGCGAACCGAGUCAUCCUCGAGGCCAUGGAGAACGAAAAGGUUCUGAACGUCCAUGUCAUCGACUUCGCCGGGCCUGCCGCGCAGCCGUGCCAGUGGAUCCAGCUCUUGCGCGACUUCCGUAGCCGGCCGGAGGGCGCGCCGCACCUGCGCCUCAGCAUCGUCCACGACGACGACGAGUUCCUCGCCAAUGUAUCAGAGUCGCUCACCGACGAAGCUGAUGAACUCGACGUGCCACUCCAGGUCCACUGCGUCGCUGCCCAGAUCGAGACGCUGGACUUCAACGACCUGCACGGCGUCCUCGGGCUGAAAUCCGGCGAGGCGCGCGCGAUCAUCUGCACCCUGCGGCUGCACCGCCUCCUCGCCGCCGCCGAUGACGCCGCGAGCAGCUUCAGCGCCGGGCACCGCUUCAACCAGACGGCGAGCGUCGCGCGGCUGCAGGAGAUGUCUUCCGACUCGUGCCCGCCGAGCAUCGGCGGCGGCGCCGCAUGCGAGGAGGACGACCCUUAUUACCGCAGCCCCGCAACGCCGCUGGGCUUCGUCUCGCCGCCGCUAACCACCCCUCCGUUCCAGAUGCCGCCGGCGCUGGCGGGCUUCCUGUCCGCGGCGCGCGCCACGGUGUCGCCCAAGAUCGUGGUGCUCGCCGAACAGGAGGCCAGCCACAACGGCGUCUCCUUCCGGAAGCGCUUCGCCGAGGCGCUCCAACACUACGCCGCGGCCUACGACAGCCUUGACGCGGCGGCGGCCGCGUACCGGAGGCCCGCCGCCGCCGAGCGGGCGGAGGUGGAGCGCGCGGUGCUGGGCGAGGAGAUCAGGGACGUGCUCCUGCGCGAGGGCGCCCGCCGCCGCGAGCGGCACGACCGGCUGCACCAGUGGGCUCUGCGCAUGGAGGUCGCCGGGUUCCGUGGCGUGCCCCUGAGCUACAUCGCAUUGAGGCAGGGGGACGACGUGCUGAGGAGGUGCGGAGUGGGAGGCUGUGAGAGCAGAGAGCAUGGGGGGUGCCUGCUGCUGUGCUGGAGGUCGUGGCCUCUCUACUCGGUCUCGGCAUGGCGGCCCGACAGAGACGCCGCUUAUGGAAUCGGCUGUGAUUCUGUCAGUACUGCCAGCACCGCCGGCUCCUGCACAUGGUUUUGA